UGCCGGCUAGCCCGAACCUCCGGGCACGACUUGAUGCUGGCUAGAGCGACCAGCGAGCAGCCAUGAGCCGCUCCGAAGAGUACUACCGCGUGCUCGAGGUGCCGCGGAAUGCGACGCAGGAAGACAUCCGACGCGCCUACCGGCGGCUGGCACUCAAGUGGCACCCGGACAAGAACCCCACCAAUAAGGAAGAGGCCGAGCGUCACUUCAAGGCCAUCGCCGAAGCGUACGAGGUACUCUCGGACGAGACUAAGCGGCGCCAGUACGACCUUUACGGCCCCAAUGGCUACGACACGAGCCAACAGUGCAACGCCUCUAGCCGCAACACCGGAGGUGGCCUGUUCGCGGCCGCCUUUCGCGACCCCGAGGAACUGUUCCGUGAGUUUUUCGGCACGGCCGACCCGUUCGAGGAGUUGUUCCGUGCCGUCCGUCAGGGUAGUGCCGCCGGCGCGCAGGGACACUCCAGUCCGCGCCACUCUUCUCACCGGCCUUCGACGGCUAACGUUCCUGGGUCAGGCCCGCUGCGAAUGGGCAGUUCCUUUUCGUCGCCUUUCCACCAGCAGCAGCAACAGCAACAGCAGGGGGGCGUAGACGGAAGCAGGAUCCUUCGUCCCGGGGGCUUCCUCUUCGACUUCGACGACAUGCUCUUCGGUGGCUGCGGCACCGUGCCCAGUGGGCCUUGCGGCCUCGGGUUCGGGUCGCCUGGCGGCUUCACCGGUAUUCCGACCGAACAGAUGAGCUCGGUGCGCUUCAUGAACGGCAAGCGCUGCGAGACGCGCACCGUCGUUCAGGACGGCGUCAAAACGGUGAUGUGCUUCGAAGACGGCCGCCUGGUGUCGCGCACAGUCAACGGCGUGCCACAAGAGGUGCCCAAACCGACGGAAGACAGCGGCAAGGACGAAUCGACGCAGGCUGGCCAAAGUGGGCGCAAGAUCAGUGACAGCCUGUCCACUCAGCACUCGGGCGAGGGCCGCGCCCGCCGGAGCAAGAGCAGGACCGCGAGUGCGGGCGGCGCCGUGGGCGAGACGAGUCCCAAGCACCGAGCCACGCACGCGCACAAGGGGCCUCCGACCCGCCAGUUGAGCAAGACGCACAAAAGCCGCAGUCGCAACGUACCCAAGGAGCACCGUCAAGGUACCCCGCAGACAAGGCAGUGA